CAUGGCCACGAUGGACAGUCCCUGGUUCACCGCUGGCUGGUUGCGUUCCGCUGCCCGGCUGAUAAGUUUAAGGCUUCACCAUGGCCGACGAAAAUAACGCAAGUGUUUGACCGGCAAGCAAAGUUAUGAUCCAGGUUCCAGGCACCUACGGGUCAUGCAUCAUACCGCUCCCAUUGUCAGCCGAUUUACCUCACGCCGAAUCAGUGCGCCGUUAAUAAAAAGUGAGAGCCUGUGGUGAAAUGACGGUCAUCUUUCGUCCGUCAUAUUGAUUCCUGAUUCACUAUACGCGUAUCACAAUGAAACGCUCAUUCACCGGAAGUAGCCGCCUCCUCGCAGAAGUAUCGCCGUUCCAAUAAUUACUCUGGAUAAUGCUGUUUAUCGCUGUUUAUUAGUACGGUUGCUGAUAUGGGGCCUUGGUCACGUCGACGAUUCCGCAUAACGCCUCUACGAAUUCUCGCCGCGUUGCUAGUGCUUGGCGUCCUAUUCUGGCUGAACCUUGACCGGCAAGUUGUGCCGCCAGAACCCUGCGCUGUUCCCGAGGAAUUCACUGAAAAACUUCACGAACUUGCCCACAGGGCGCAUUUGGUGCUGGCGAAACAUGGCAUAGUUCACUUUCUAUGCUUUGGUGGACUCUGGGGUCAGGCAAGGAUAGGCCGGGCCCUGCCGUGGGUCCGUAAAGUGGAGUUAUGCCUCGUUGACAAUCUGCGAGACGACGCGUUAAUUUCCAAGGCCUUCAGACAGGCUGGACUCGCCGCUACGUAUCUUCACGCCGCCGGUAUUUACCGAGUCCAGGAACAGGAAGUCGGCGAAGACGCUCCACGGGUGGAAAUAAUCGUCUUCGAGGAAGACGUCAAGGCUCAGAUGGUCAGACGAGUCGGAUGGACCCGAAGAGUGCUUCCCCCUGACUGUGAACUCUCUCCGAGCCUGCAGUGCUUCCCGCCACAGCUGGCGAUCUCGCCCUUACCGAUCAAGCAGUUCGGCAGUCACGUGUUGCCGGUACCACGCGAGGGUAUUGAACUCCAGAAGUACCACUAUCCCGACAACUGGUGGCUCGAGGUGAAGCCGAUUGAUUGUGUCGAUCACGAGACCUCGUAGUACACACGUGCGAUUUAAUCACGGAUAAGAAAAAAAUUAUAGAACUGAGUCAUGAAUCUUUCAAGCUUUAGAUUUUCGAGAUUGCUAAGAGUAUCAAGUGCCAUCCUUGUUCUCUCAGUGCUAGCUUUGUUCUGAAUAAUCAUUGCCUAACUCAGAAGUAUGAGAGUAGAAAGAUCGCUAAUAACGUGGACAUGAACAGAAAUUUGAACAAGCAGUAAUUGCCUUCGGUUUUUAGUUACACGAAUCAACCAAAAAACUUGAGUCUAAUUUUGUACAGUACUUUCUUCAAGGUUGUUCCUACUACGAAUAAAUUAUGCAGAUAGUGGUCCAUGCUUGAAAUUAGUUAAUAAUAAAAUUGUCUGUGCUAUAAGGACUGUUGGAGCGAGUUGACGACUAGCGUUGAAGCGUUCCAUACCUAAACAGAAGACUUUUCUUCCAUGAUUACGAUAUAUGAUAGUGCAUGUAAAAUUUUAGAACGCAAUCAGCGUUUCUGUACAGUUAUCAAGUACCUAAAGCACUGAAAUAAAUACUUUCUUUUAGAAAAUCGCGU